AGUCCACGAACACGUCGGAGCUGCGGAUCUGCCGCAUGAACAAAGAGAGCGGCCCCUGCACGGGCGGGGAGGAGCUGUACCUGCUCUGCGACAAGGUCCAGAAAGAGGACAUCGCGGUGAUUUUCCGCCGGGAGUCCUGGGAGGCGCGGGCCGAUUUCUCGCAGGCCGACGUUCACCGCCAGGUGGCGAUCGUGCUGCGCACGCCGCCCUACGCGCACCUGGAGCUGCGCGAGCCCGUGCAGGUGGAGGUGUUCCUGCAGCGCCUGACCGACAGCGUCCGCAGCGAAGGGUUCCGCUUCACCUACCUGCCCCGGGACCCCGACGCGUACGGGGUGCAGCUGAAGCGGAAGCGGGGAAUGCCCGACGUGCUGGAGGAGCUCUCGGGCUCAGAUCCGUUCGGGAUCGAGGCCAAGAGGAGGAAGAAGCCCCCGGGGUACCUGGAGCAUUUCCUCCCCCUGGGCCCUGCAGACGCCGCCUUCCCCCCGGAUCCGGAGCCUCUGGAGCCCCUUCCCCAAAUCUUCGCCCCCUUCGCCCCCCCGGCUUUUUCCUCUUUCUUUCCCGCCCCGGAAUUCCCGGAAUUCCCGAUUUUCCCGGGCCAGGAGCUGCUGGCCGAGCCCCCCAGCGGGGACCCCCCCCCCGAUUUCCAGCCUGGUGGGGUCCCACAUGUUCCCGGGGGGGGAGGGCUGAGAAUUCCCGAAAAUUCCCCCAAAAAAAUUCCUCAAAAAAUCCCCCCCCUUGCAAAUCCCCCCAAAAUUCCCUCAAAAUUUUCCCAAAAAUCCCCCAAAAAUUCCCAAAAAUUCCCCUCAGAAUUCCCGAAAUUCUCGAGGAGAUUUCAGGGAUUUUUUUCUCGGGCCCCGGGCUGGCUGGACCCCCCCGGGAUUUGGGGGGAAAUUCCCAAAUUUUUUUUUUUCCCUCUUUUUUUUUCCCCCCCUCCCAAUUUUUUUUCCCUAUUUUUUUCUUGCACUAUAUUUAUAAAGGGGGAUCCCCAACUCCCGGGAUUUUUGGGGAGAAUUCCCGGGAUUUUGGGGCGGAAUUCCAGAAUUUUUGGGGCGGGAUUUUUGGGGGGGGGGGAAAUUCCAAGGAUUUUGGGCAGAAUUUCCGGGAUUUUGGGGAUGAAUAAAGCCAUGGAUGGACGCCCCGGAUACGGAACUGGCAACAGAACCCGGAAGUGGAACGGCUCCCACACCAAGCCACGCCCCCAAUGA